AUGGGUAAAGGCGCUGUUCAUCCAAAUGGUUCAAAUUUUUGCAGAUCUUUAAAAUAUAAUAUUGUUGAUAAAAUGAGAAUGUUAGUUGAAACUAAUUUAUAUGAAAGGCCAAGAUGGUUAGAAUGGUCAGAGAGAUCACCACCUAUGGAAAUUUAUAAUAUUAGUUUAAAAUCAAAAUUCAACAAUAAUAAAUAUAUUGAUUUGGUAAAAUUUUUAUUAAAAAAAUAUCCUCAUUUAAGAUUUCAAGAUUGUUUUGUUGAAGGUAAUAAUAAUAUAAAGGGGUAUGAUUUUUUUAGAAAUGAUCAUAUAGUUACACAAAUGGCUACUCAUCAACUGUAUUAUAUGAAUAGAGGAUAUGGAAAAAAAGAGGCUUUAGAAAAAGUUGAAAAAAUUUUUUAUAAUAGAAGAAUGGAGCUCGAAAAACAACAAAAAAUAAAUAUGUGUUUAGCGAUUGAUGAAAAAAUAAAACCUUUAUAUACUAAUGGAUACUCCUAUUUAUAUGAUAAAAUGGCUGAAAAUGAAAAAGCUCAUUUAAAUAUUAUACUAAAAAAAUUAAAAAAUAUGACCGAAAAGCUAAAAAAAGAAAAAAAAACAAAUGAUAAUAAUCUAAACCUUGAAAAAAAUGAAACCUCUAAAAAUUUAUAG